CAGUAUUUACGAAAUCAAAUUGUUGAUUACGUUAGUUUCUGUACAGUUUCUGUUAAAAAUGAUUAAUUUUAAUCGAUAUUUUUAGUAAAUCGGUGAUUUUUAUAGUGAAAUGCAAUGUCUAAAGAAUACUCGACGACUUUACGACUAACCGCUGACUCGGUUCGUGAUUAUAUAGUGAACAGAGGAGGCAAAGUUUACAAUACCGAACUAGUGAAAUACUUCAGACCAUUACUAACUGAUCCUGAAACCAAAGAAUUAGCUAGAGAACAAUUCAAACGAAUUGUCAAUCAAAUUGCCAUUGUUACACGAGAUGAACGGGGUGAAAAAUUCUUGGUACUGAAAAAGCCGUCAAAAUAUGGAGCUGAUUACGAAAAUUCGCCAAUAGGAACUCCUGAACCAGGUCUCAGUAGUGCGACAUCAUUUUCAUCUUUAGCCACCGGUAUUCCUCACGCAUCCUCCAUAGAUUCUCUUCACUCAAUUUCAUCCCUAUCGAAACAACCUCCUCCGUAUCGGUCACCUCCUCCUGUUCUAUCUCCUAAAUCCGUCCAUGGUUCAAAUUUCGGUUAUCCUACGUCGCCAUCGGAGUCGUCACAUGAGAAAACACCUCCACCUGUUCCACCCAGACGUAAAAGCAGCGAUAAAAUCAAAUUUAAUAAUAAAGAAAAUGAACCAGAUGAAAAUUCAAAACCAUCAGCGCUUAGUUCGGAAGAAAGUGAGAAUAAAGUUGCGGAAAACGAGCAAAAAAUUAGCGUUAAAGAACGUACACAGCGAUUCAAUCGGUUGGCUUCCACAGAAGGUCCGAUACCUAAAAUACAACAGCCUGUUGGAACAAGCGCCGCUUACAAAAAACGAUUUGAUAAGGGUACACUUUCCGACCGUGAAGAUGAAGAUUCGGCCUCCGUAGCUUCGUUUGAUCCAAGAUCGAGAGAAUGGCUAGUUCGAGCUGCUCAGGGAAAUUAUCAGGCGUUGGCGAAGAUGGUCUCGGAGAAUCCGAAACUCGCAAAAUUCAAGGAUCCAGCUACCGGUGUAAGUAAUUACAUUAUUUAUGUUUGGUUGAUGUGUGUAUCUUUACAUACAUAACGCGAAUUUACGCGUAAAAUUUAUCGCUUUGUGGAGAACUAUAAAAACAUUUAAACGGGUGUUUUUUCGGAUGAGUUUAUUAAACGAUGCUGAAAGUACUUACAUAGACGUACCUAGGCCUACUAGUACAAUAUGAUAGACUCUUAUGUGUACGUCAUAUUAUACUUGAUACGAAAAUACGAGAGUAUGUAGAUUAUACAUAUAGACUGCGAAUCCUUCAUCGUGAAAAUUUUACCGAUUGAGCUUUUGUGUAUGUAGAGAUACAACAACACUAGUAUAGGUUAGGUUUAUUCUAUGAAGAUAAAUAAUGUAUACAGUGCGAUGGUUUGUUUGAACUUAUUGAUUAAUCCGUCAUGUGAAAAUUAAUUAGUUCAUUAGAUGUCAGUAACGAGUGGAAUUUCUAUGUACGUGAUCGAUGGUAUGAAGGUGAUAAUUGCUCGAUUAAUGACAACGUCAUUCUCGCAGCGAAGGACUUAUUUGUCGAGUUGUUCUAGUGUUUGAGAAGACUAAAAAAAUGCUGCCGCCGUUGAAUAAAAUAUGCUAAAGAAUGUCCAACUGCUUUGAUACCUGGCGCAUGGCUUUAUUUGUACAUUUUCACCAGUGAAGAAAUAAGUGAGAAAAUCCAUUUCUAAAAUGAGAGGUGGUUUUGUAGUAUGUUUGUGUGAGUUUUUUUUUUUUUUUGAAGGAGAAGAAAGAAGGCCAGACUUGCCCUUGUACAGGGUGUCGUUUAAGGUAAUCACUCGUUGAAACGAUGGAAAAUUUAAGAAAACUGAUUGAAUCCAUUUUAUAUGUAUAUGUACUCGUGUGUCGGUGAACUUGCUCACUUCGAAUCUAGGUAGGCAUAUUUGAAUCGUUUUCAUUUUCAAAACAUGCGAAAUCACAUUAUAACUUGCUUGUUAAAGUAUAAUUUUAUGGUCUGAAAUUCAAUUUUUUUUGUUUUUCUUACACUAAGAUGGUGUUUUAAACACUGGAACUGAAUGAAAAUCAAAUUUUUAAAAAUGAGAGCGUAUUUUUGGUACAGCAGAAAAUGUAUUAUCAUAUUUUCAAAAAUUAGUGACGUUUUUAUAUGUAGGCACUUGGUAGUAAUAUUCAUUUAGAGCAACAAAAACCGGUUAUUUUCACUUGUUGCCUUGACUUGACUCAAUAUUGAAGGGGUUUAUGUUACACAAGAUCUCAACAAUUUAAAAAAAACCCUCAUUUCAAGAAGAUAAAUAGAGAAUGAGUCGAAUGAAUUUAUUCUCGAACCAAAUAAGUGUUUUUUUUUUAUUGAGAGAAAAAAGUUUUUUUUUAAUUUUUAAUUUUUUAUAACGAUGAACAUUUUUUUUACUGCUGAAAUGCGGACAACUGAUUUCAUUUUAUAGAUGAUUUCUUAUAAUUAAAAUUAAAAAUCGAUCGAUCAACAAUAUCGAAAUAAUGUCAUUCGAACCUUUUUUUUCGAACAAAACGAAGACAAAUGAAAGACCGUCACUUUUCAUGAUCUAGACAUUAAAAACCAAAAGAUCGGUUUAUCGAAAGUAUCGUUUUUCAAAAGAUCGAAGGAUCCUACGAAAUAACAAAGAGAAGAAAAUCGUGUACCAUACCAUGAAAUUUCUCAUCAGCAACUUGCGAUACCUAUUUUUUUUUCUAUGAAGCUUACUUUUGAAAUGUGAAACUUUGAUCGAUUAUUUGUGAGAUGCAAUUUUCUAGUUUUUGGUAGCCUAAAUUUUCAAAAAUUAGCUAAUCAGGUAAAAUUUGAACCAAUUUUCAUUUUCUUACAAAAAUCAAAAUUUGAUCAAAUUGAGGCAGAGAGUUUCAAUUUGGUUUUUAUCUCAAUAUUUACGUUCGUUUAUUUUCUAUCAUUAUUUUUAGAAACGUGUUUUACUCAUGUAUAGGGCAAUUAUUUUUAUGAUAUCGCAUAUUUUUUCCUGCUGCACCAGAUACCGCAUAUCGCAAUUUUCUUCACGUUUCAUGCAAUUUCAAGAUGAAUGGUGAAAUUUUAUGGCGCAUAUUUUCGCAUAUUUUGGGUAUAAAUGCAUAAUAAAAAACGCUUAUUUUAGUUAAAAAACGUCAAAAUUUUGCUUAUUUUGAGCUUUUUUUCAGGUCGUUAAAGCUUUUUUGAGAAAAAAACGGCAAAAAUCAGUCAACAAAAUAGGGAAAACAAAAAAUUUGACAUUUUUGAUAUUUAAAAAAAAAAAAAAAAAAAAAAACAUGUUUUUAUUUGUGUCUUCAAAUGUAUGAUAGUGAUGUGAUGGAUGAUACAAUGAAUUUUUAUUGAAAAAAAAAAAUAUAUAUUUGACGUUUCCUUUCUAUUUUCUUAUGUUUUUUGAUAUUGCACUGAAAAUACAAACAUUUUGAUACCCAUGAUGGUGCACAUUUUAUGGCACUUAUUUAAGCUUUUUUCAGGUUUUUAGCGCAAAUAAAAAUGCUUUUUUCCCACAUUUUUACAGCAUAUUAUAAGCGUUUUUUUUGGUGUUUUUAGCGCAUAAAAAUAAUUGCCCUGCUCAUGUAUAAAGCCAAAAAAAAAUAGAUUUUAAGAUUUUAACCAGGUCUUGAGCUUUUUCCCAUGCUUUUCCGCAGUAAUAAUUUUCGUUUCAACUCGAGAUGUUUUUAUGCCAAGUUUUGUUAGAAAAUUACAAAAUUUAAAAUGCGUUCGUUCUAUCUUUCUAUAGCGUUGAAUUUCAUUUUGACCUUUUCUGACAAUUUUUCCAAAAUUGGAAAAUUCAAAAACUUGCCAAUUGCAGUUUUCUGCCUUAUUUUAUGAUUUCUUUCCUGGAGAAUGGUCUGAAUUUUGAAUUUUCAAAAAUUUGCUCUCGAUUGAGAAAUGUAGUCCAGUUUUUGAUAUUCAGUUUGGAUGCUCUUUUGAGUUUUCUGUGUUCGAUCCAAAGGUGUUUCUGCCAGUUUUGGGUACCUCCCUCGUAAGGUCCUAUGAAUAAAUAAUGAGGAAAAAUGAAAUUGCGGUGCAUUUCUCUCCUAAAAUGUGUUGUGAGAUUUUUGUUGAGGAACUUUUAAUUUUGAGAAAUUUCGAGUCAAUAUUAAAAGCUCAAUUUUUAUUGAACAACCAUUUCUUAUUGUAACCUUCGAGCCACCUUUGUAAAUUUGAAAUUUUGUAUUCUCCAAAAUUUGUGCCCCCGAGGAAGAAACUCCCCUGCUUUAUACAUUCAUUGCUGUUGAGUAAUUACACACAAACCCACAACGCACGAUAAAAAAUUUGAAAUUUCAUCCGUUAAAUUUGACCUGAGGGCCUGAGGCGUUUUUCGGCUGGUGUAUAUGCAAAGUCUAGUAUGCUGGCUGAGUGGCUGGUUAUUUCAUUGCUGGUUGAAAACGACUCGAGUGUAUACAAUUUAAAGUAGCUAAACCCUUUCACUUGUUAUGUGGAUAAACAAUGUAUAGCCUACUGGUGGGUAUUACUUACUAGUACAAAAGGCGGAUGAAAGUAAUAAUAACGAUAGCGCACGACUUGGCGUCAUACGUCGUCUUAUCAAACGAACAUAUCAAUCGCUUCGAGUCGGAGAUGGCGGGCGUGUUUAGAUGCUAUUUAACUAUAGCUGCUAUUGAGCGAGAUUAUACAGUAGCGGCGGAGUAAGGAAAAAAAUAUUAAAUAACCGGCUAUUUGUCGUUAGAGAAGUUAGAGAUCGUUUAAAAUGAGAAUUUCAAACAAAACCCGAUUCGUCCAUAAUCAGCUCGGCGCACGUACCUGUCUCCUUCAACUUACCAAACACUUGUCCGGUGCUUGUGUGCGCGGCAGCUGAAGUCAUCAUCAGCUGCGUUGAAGACACAUCGCGUAUCGUUGCUGACUAUAGAGUCUUACUGUGCUCUUAUAUGCAAAACGUAUGUAUCUUUCUGUAGGCACACAACACACGAGUUUACAUAUUACGUUCAAUUCGUGUCUUCGUUUCUAUACCUUCUUAUUUUUUUUUUUUGAACUCUUUAAUUACCGGUAUAGUAUGGUGGAGAUACCCUUAUGUACUGCCGCUUGUCCUGACAAUGCUAAUAACCUUACUUCUUCGUUCAAUUAUUAUUGCCGCGGAGAGUUUCCUUCAAGGAAAAUUAUUAAUGUGGCAGUUUACGUAAUUUCAUAUGUAGUAUCAGGUGUUAUAUGUUAUUGAGAACGGAUAAAGUGAGAGGGUUUUGUGUUUAGUAGGUAUUUUUUUUUUCCAAACGGUAUAAGAAGUCCGGUCAGUUCUGCUGACGAGGAAAUGCGAGUUUUACACGUUUAAUUUGCCUUUUACUUGUAGAUAUUUAAUCUCGUUAUCCGAACACAUGUUUAUGCACGAAAAUACAAGUGUGUAUUGUUGAUAGGGUAUUUUCCAUUCGUUUUACGAGUGAUUGCCUUAUGCAUGAGAAGGUAUGUUACUACCUAUCUAUCAAUUACAUUGUGUAUAUCUUGUAUCGAAGUGUUUAGAAACGAUUGAGGAGGAUCUGUAUCGAUUGAUUUGCAUUUGAACAAUGAACAUACUAAAAUAUUACAUUUUUUGGGGUUUAUAUUCCAAUAAAAAAUUCACCCAAUGUGUAUGGCUUCGGUGAAAAUUCUGUAAUAGGUAGGAAUCUGUUGCAUUGGCUGACGGACUCAGUACUCUAGGCAUUCUCUUUUUUUCUCACGAAGAAGAAU